CAUUUUUUUUUAGUUUUUAAAUUGUUGUGGAUUAUUUUUCCGUCGAGAGUGUCACCUCAGGUUUCUGGCAGCGGCUGGAGGAAAAUAUUAGUCUGUCUCGCGGCUGAUGGAUCUCAGGGCUGAACUGAAAUUUUACAGAUAAGGUUUCUGUUAAACCGUGAUGAGGUUUGAGAUAUCCGUGGCUGUCAUGGCUGGUGGAGGGACGGCCCACACAGAUCAUUACUGUUGAUUCGCUUCACCUGCCCAGUUUUGUUACUGUCGGCUUGGCACAUACGUUCCUGGUCUUUCUGCCAGAACCAGGCUGUGAAACUAGAGUUUUAAACCAAACCGAGCAGCUGUGAGACGAUUAAUGACCUUAUGAAUGUUGAUUUUAAGCGAGAAACAGUUUGUAGAAACGUUGGCUCUCUGCUCUCGGUUGUUUUUUUCAGCCUUCCUUCCGCCCGGGAGAGGCCAGGCAGCGUCAUGGCGUCACGGCUGCUGGACCGCCUGAAACGCUCGCUGUUUAAAGAUGGUCAGGGGGCGGGAACCGAGCAGGAAGCAGGGGGCGGACAGGAAGAGGAGGAGUUUAACGAGGACCGCUGGGAGGCGGAGCUGGCGGAGGAGGAGGAGUGUGUGACCGAUCGGCUCGGAGGGACGCUGUGCUUCGACGGCGGAGGAGGAGGAAUGGAGGACGGAGCCGAGGGCGAAGGGUCGGGGCUGGACAGUGACUCUGACUUCCUGGGAGAGUCGAUGGAGGAGGGGCUCAGCAGCACGGAUACCAGUCCUGUCGGCGUAUCUCCGGUAGGCCCCUCCCCCUCCUCCCCGCUGACCCGGCAGCUUCAGGAGAGCUGGAGGAACCUGCGUGGACUCGGAGGAGGAAGUCCCGCCCCCUCCAGGAGACGGCUGACGGACAAUCUGUUGUUUGAGGUUACUGACGCUAGCGUGGUGCAGGACGGCUCCUCGAAAUAUGUGCUGUACACCAUCCAUGUGAUCCAGUCCGGCGGCAGCGACAAGACUCCCGCCAUAAUCACCCGCCGAUACUCUGAUUUCCAGCGCCUUCACGCCACGCUGCGCCGUAACCACGGAGACCAGAUGGAGCGUGUCUGUUUCCCACGAAAGAAGCUGCGUAGGAACUUCACGGCGGAGACGAUCGCCAAGCGGAGCCGGGCCUUUGAACAGUACCUGUCUCACCUGUGUUCGCUGUCCACCCUGCGGGGGGCGCUGUGUGUCCGGCAGUUCUUCUACCUGACCGACCUGCAGACUGGCCAGCUGCUCAUCAGGGUGGGACGUUACCAGGAGGCCUUGGGUCCGCUGCUCAACGCCAAAAGACUGCAAGAUAAACUGGGCUGGGCCGGCUACUACGACAAUCAGGCUCAGGCCCCGCCCCCGGCCUCGUUCCAUUGGUUCUUCACUCUGGUGGGGCUGUCAUGCUGUUUCCAAGAAGUGGACCAGCUGGAGGAGGCCCGGGAUCACUGCGACCUCGCCCUCCGUGUCCUGACCCCCGCCGAGACUCAAACUACCACAGAGGACGAGCCCCUCCCGCUUGAGGACAAGCCCCACCCGCUGAGCGAGAACCCCCUCCCGCAGACUGAUGCGACACGCCCACGUAUCAACAGGCCCCACCCCCUCCUGUUGCCGUUGUUACGGGCGGCGGUCCGGUUGUCAUGGCAGACGGGAAAAGACAAACGGCACUGGGAGGAGCUUCUGCAGCAGCUGGAGGAGCAGGGGGCGGGGCUGGACAAUCAGCCGACCGUCAAAGAGUUCCUGGUAAAACACAACCUGCAGGAGAGCGAGGCGGAGGCCUAGAGCAGCGUACGCACACCGCAGCGUUGGGGCCACUGUGCCCCGACGUUUGAGAAAAAACAUCAUGACACGGCGCGAGAAAAAAGUAGUAAAGUCAUGGUUUUAAAAAAUAUUUCAGAGGAAAGUGAAGUAGACUUAAAUCGUUACGACAAAAUGGAAGUUUGGAGGAAAACGUAGGGAAAAUCUGAAAAGUAUGAACAAAAGGAAAAAAAUGCAACUUAGUGGUCAGAAUAAACGUACGAUGCAAAGAUAAAGAUGAUAUGUUUCAAGGGAACGUCAACAUUACAAAAAGUCAUAAUAUUACAGAAUACAAAUUUUUUUAGUAAUAUUUCAAGAAAUAAGGUCAUAUUCAGAAAAAGAAAAAUCAUAAUUUUACUAGAGAAAGGCCGAGAUAUUUCAAAUAGCUAUAAUGUUUUGAGAAUUUAGUCGCACUGUUACGAGCAAAGGCCAUGACAUAAGAAGAGGAAUGAAAAAGAAUCAAGUCAUAAUAUUGUAAGAGGAGGUCAUGAUAUAACAAGUGAAUAUAAUAAGAGACAAGUUGUAAUAUUUCAAGAUAGUUGGAAUAUCACAAAAACGUCAGAGUAUAACAGUAAAGGAGAGAACAGCUCUGGUCUGAAAAUAUUACGACUGCUUCUAGUAAUAUUUAGAGUCUUUCUCCAAAUUACAACCUUUUUUUUCUCAAAAUAUUUCAACUUUAUUCUCAAAUAUUAUUAUUUAUUCAUCUCUCCUAACAGUGGCUGUAAUGCCGCCUUGUACUACGCAUCAUUCAUCUAUUCAGUCACACUUUUAAAGCCUUGAACCGGUUCAGUGAUCAGUGAGAGCUGCGGCUCCGACCUCACGAUAAUCCUAAACAAAAUAAUAAUCCUAAUCCUGGCCCCGUAUUCACGCAUAGCGCUACCUCUGACGGUUGCUCUUAGUUGUGAUGAGCCACAAACAUUGAUAAAGGGAAGACGCCUUCGGCAGAGACGUCGGUGGGACAGACACCGGCGUAAAAUCAUUUUCGCCGUGUGACCAUGAGGAUGGCAGAAAUAUUAAGAGGUAAAACAAUUUGCCCGCUAAACGUUGACUGAUAUUUUACAGUAUCAACCAAUGACAACACCUAAAGAAAAAAAACCGAAGCAUCCUACACAGCAACAGAGACACCGUGAGCUCCUUCCACUCCUCUCCCACAGUCCCUCUGAAGCUGGGUUGAUACUCGUGCGCCGGCGUAGCCGCGCGCCGACGCUACGGCGGCUGCAGAGAUCCCGCGUUGGAGAUCGCCAGCUGUGAUUGGUGGGCUUCGGCUGCCGGUGUCCUCUCCUACGCGUCUCUGAUGUUGGCGCAGACGGCUGGUAGUGAGGGCGGCGCGGAGCGGCUUGAAGACAGACUCAGUUAUCAGCUGCUUUAAAGGGACAAACGUUUAGCAAAAGUCGUCUCCACUGCAAAAGCUUCACGAGCAGUCGGGUGUUUGGAACAGGUUUUGCCUGCUGUCGUCAGUCUUCCUGUUCUUAACAACCACUAUAAGGUCUGUGUGAUGUGCUUUCAGUGUAAGUGAUGGGGGACGAAAUCCACAGUCCUCACAAAGUACGAUCUCGAGUUGACACUGGAGGUGCAUCAGAGAGGGAGGGACGGGAGGAGCGGUCACGGAAAGCCCGUUCCAAAGUUCCUACGGGCGCCUGACUGCUGUUUGAAGACCCUUGUCCUUUUUAAAGGUGCCCUGUGGAUUUUUUUUUGUGUUUCUUUUGUGUUUACAUUACGUGUUACUCACCAAAACCCGUUGUGUGAGUCCUUUAGGUCAAACGAACGUGUAGAAUGCAGCUCCUUCCUCCUAAAGCUGUUUCUUUUGUUUGUUUGUUUGUCUAAAUUUUAAAUGCUGCAUUGUUCACUUUCAUGUUUACCUGUUAGGGGUCUGCUUCUUCACUGCCUUUGUCGGCACAUGGCCGCAUACGGCGGAGCAUGGCCGCCACCUGUCGAUCAGCGGAGCAGUGUGAAACAGUU